CUUAUUAUAAACACUAAGCCUACCACUGCUUUCUCCAACGCAAUUGUUUUCCGCUUAUCCAACAUCGCUGUCUGUGCUAUUGUACUCUCUCUUUCUCUCUCCCCCUCAAACUUUUGUGGUCCUUCCCUCCCCCCCCCCCUCUUUAAAUUUCUCUUAUCACUUUCUUCAUUUCUGCAUACCUAAGCUUACAUCUAACACUAGCUACUCCUUUCUCUCCUCCCUCCUUCUCCUCUUCUUCUGAGCUGCCUAUAGCUUAUUAAAUUUCCCCUCCUUCCCCCUGCUCUUUCUUGGUUCCUUCUGAUCUGCUUGCUUGUUUUAAAACUGAAGGGAAGCGACAAGAGCUAGGUAGGCUCUCGCUCGCGCUUUAGAAAUUAAUUCAACACAAGAACAAGCUCUAGGCACAAACAUGUCUAGCAGAAGGUCCAGGCAGCAAUCAGGUUCCACCAGAAUCUCCGAUGACCAAAUCAUCGAACUUGUUUCCAAGUUGCGUCAACUUGUUCCUGAGAUUCGGGAUAGACGCUCCAGUAAGGUAUCAGCGUCCAAGGUCCUACAGGAGACCUGCAACUACAUCAGGAACUUGCACAGAGAAGUGGACGACUUAAGCGAGCGACUCUCUCAGUUACUGUCCACCAUUGAUGCUGAUAGUGCCGAGGCUUCCAUCAUUAGGAGCCUAAUUAACCAAUAAGCAAUGAUAUUAAGUGUGCUUUUAAUUCCUUCUUCAACAAGAUUAUAUAAGAGUGUACUUUUUUUCCCCCCCCCCCCCCGUUUAAUUAGGGUUGUCCAGCUUCCUAGCAAGCAAGAGUGCAGUUUGAGGUGUACGCUUGUACGGCACCCCCUUAUGGUAGGUAGGGCACUCGCAAGAAAGGCUUUGGAGUAAAAUUAAGUUGUACUAGCUAGCUCGCUCUCUCUAUAUUCCAUGGGAGCCCAAAAUGCAGUGGUUGUUAAUUCCUUAAGCCUUUUUUUAAUGAAGCGCUGUACUUUAA